AUGGCAGGGAUUCAUACUCAUCAAGUUCAUCCUUAUAAUGAUGAUGAAUUCGAUUUCGAUCAAGAAACUGCUUCGACGAUUUCAGAAAAUUCCAAGGAGUUGCACUACAGGAAAAGAUUGAGACGAUUAUAUUUGGUGGCAGUAAUCGUAUUAUUCUUAACUGUUGGGAUUUUGGUGUUUUCAAUAACAAUAUUUCAUAUCAACGCUCCAAAGUUUCGGAUUCGAUCAAUAGAUAUUGAGGAACUCAGUGUUAGUAGCUCAAACACCUUUGAUAUGAAAUUUGAAGCUGAACUAAGCAUUAAGAACAGCGAUUUCGGCUACUUCGAUUUCGAAGAAACCUCAGUUAGGUUUUUCUACAGGGGAGCUCCUGUUGCCCUAGAUGAUGGUGGUGUUGUGAUUGAGGAAGGAAAAGUGAAAGCUCGAUCAACCAAGAAGAUUAGUUUCUCGGCUGAAAUGGGGACCAGUAAUUCGAUUUCACCUGAUGAUAUCCAAUGCAGAUGUUUGACUUUGACUUGUAAUGCAACGAUGAAUGGGACAGUUCACUUGAUGAAGUUGAUCAAGAGGAGAAGAUCUUCUGAGAUGAAUUGCACUAUCAACAUCAAUUUGUAUAAAAAAGUUGUCCUUGAUAUUAAAUGCAAAUAG